AUGAGUGAGCAUCGCGGUAGCGGUUUUGAUUUUUCGGGACAUCUUCGAAACCAUGCUCUUGGUACUCAAGGUCAUUCGAUCCCGCGUGCAACGAGCACGGGUACGACAAUUGUCGGAUUGAUCUACAAAGAUGGCGUAGUACUGGGCGCUGAUACGCGAGCGACAGAAGGGCCGAUCGUCGCAGACAAGAAUUGUGAAAAAAUCCACUAUAUCACGGAUAGUAUUCGUUGCUGCGGUGCAGGUACUGCCGCAGACACGGAAUUUGUUACCAACAUGAUUUCCAGCAACAUGCAGCUUCAUGCGCUUCAUACUCGCAAGCGUCCGCGUGUUCUAGCUGCAUUAACCAUGCUCAAGCAGCGCCUUUUUCAAUAUCAAGGAUAUAUCGGUGCUGCUCUUGUCUUGGGAGGAUACGAUUCGACAGGCCCGCAACUUUUCACGAUUGCCCCGCAUGGAUCGACAGACAAGCUCCCUUACGUUACUAUGGGAUCAGGUUCCUUGGCGGCCAUGUCGGUGUUUGAAAGUGCAUGGAAACCAGAUAUGCAGGAACAAGAGGCUAUUGAUCUAGUGGUGGCUGCUAUUGAAUCCGGCAUCUUCAACGAUCUGGGUUCUGGUUCUAAUGUUGAUGUCUGUGUUAUUCGCGAAAAAGAGACAAAGAUGCUGCGUAAUUACCGAAAGCCGAAUGAACGCGCACAAAAGGAGCAGUCGUAUAAGUUUGCUCGUGGUACAACUGCUUUCACCAAGGAAGAAAUUUACAACAUGAUCGUAAAAGAAGAUGUGCUCGGUCUAGAUAACACUACACCUGACGCCACGGCAACCACCGAGGCGAUGGACACCGAUGCGUCAUAA